AUGGCCCCGAGACUAUGGAUCCGACUCCGCUGGCUUCUCAAGAGAUCGAAUCGUCCAUUCAACACAGAUGACUACUCGGCGUUCUUCUCCUGGCUAGUUAUGGGAAACGCUAUAAUUCUCAUUUUGGGUACAACCACGUUUGUACUGUUGGUGAUUUUCACAAUUAAUACUGUCUUUGCUCAGGAACUUGUGGCACGCAAGGUUGGUGAGUUCAUCACGAAGAAUUCGAAAUUGACAGUCACUUUCGAGCACGCGAUCGUUCCUGGGUGGUCUGAUGGUAAAAUAUGCUUCAAAAAGUGCUUCGUAAGCAGAAGACCAAAAACUGUCGGGCAAUUUUUAAAAGGUAGUCAGGCAGAAGCAUACGCCAAGAGCUUGGACAAUACAGGUGAAGAAGCCCAGCUAGUCGAUGAUGGUAAUUACACUCAGUUCGACUUGACUAUUGAAGAAGUCAACAUGUCGCUAUCAUUUCGAAAAUGGGUUAAUGGCACUGGCAUAGUCGACACCUUGGAAGUCAAGGGGAUGAGGGGUGUUGUAGACAGAACGCAUGUUCACUGGGACCCAAAUGAUGACGCUAGAAACUACAAAAAUGUUCAUCAAUUUGGCGAUUUCGAAUUUAAUGAGUUCAGGAUGGAAGACGUCCUAUUCACCUUGCUACAACCUGCUGGGUUUCGCCCUUUUAGCGUUGCCAUCUACAACUGCGAGUUGUCUAAGCUAAGAAAGCACUGGUUGUUUUAUGACUUUCUUAAUGCAAAUAUAAUGAGUGGAUCAUAUGAUAAUUCCCUCUUCACGGUCCAUAAGAGGCAGAGGCUCGAUGACUUUGACGAAGAUGACUCUGGACAAAGUAUUGCAAAGUUACCAUGGAAACGUGUUACAAGGCUUCGAGUGGACUCACUUAACAUUGAUCACUUGAACAAAGGCUUAGAAGGGCCAUUUGGAUGGAUCACUUCUGGUAAAGUCGACAUGAUCGGCGACGUCAUGGUACCCGAGCAGAGUAAAGAAUUUCACGUUCUGGAAAUUGUUAACAUAAUCACCCAAUCCAUACAAAAAGAAGCGACAAGGCAUAUCAAUCCCGACGUGCAAAAUAAGGAGGAUCAUAUUCUUCGUCUCACAAACGGGAACACCGCGGGGUCGAAUGAUAUAUCCAAAUACUUUGUACUCGACUUGACCAUGCGGCUUAAUAAUGUGAGGGCUCUGGUUCCAUUCAAAGCUCCAGAGUUGAGUUAUGUGAACUAUGCCCUUAUAAGACCGAUUGUGGCGUACAUCAAUCUGAGAAAUGCAUUCAUCGAGAUCAAAGCUAGGAUCGUCAAGAACAUCGAAGACUUCAGUGGGUCAUGGACAGUCUACGACUCUCUUUUGAUGGACGAUAUUUCUGAAGAAGUUUAUGAAAGCUUUGUCGAAUAUGUCGCUGAUGACGAGGCUAGAUUGGUGCGUAUGCGGAAAGUAGCAUUCUGGACGAUGCAAUUGCUCGUGCAAUUUAUUGUCUUUGGACUUGGCGCCGUGACCUAA